GAGUAUUUAUAGUGUGAUACGCUGGUCAAGUUAUACUUCCUCGAACAGACCAACCCUUUCCAACUCCACUUUACUUCGCAUUCACCGAUCAGUUCUCGCAACUGGAGCAUAUACAUAGUCCAUUCUUCAUUAUUUGAUCUUGAAAACGAAAGACCUACGCCACCUACGAUGGGAUUUAGGAGACGAUUCAUCGGGUUCACAGGGGCCAUGCAGAUAUUGCUAACCCUGGCUAUGUUGAUUUUGACGGCACAACUUGCAGCCUUUUCCACGGUGCAAAUUACCAAUAACGCCGUAGGCACCCCUCUUUGGGGUGGUAUAAUCUUAUUGAUGUGCGGUGCUGGUAACAUCAUAGAUGCCCUGGAAUCUCCCUCAAAAAAACGGUCUCCACAACAGGACUACAUGUUACCUCUCAACUUCACCACCCUCCUUGCAAAUUUGACAGCCUUCGUCGUCUCGGCGCUCAUCCUUGGUCUCUUCUCGUGGUCAUUGAGCCCGGUCUUAGCCGUCGUGGUCAUACAUUUCUCGACCAUCAUCGUCGCUGCUAGUCUUAUCUGCAUAUUCUCUCUAUUCGCUCUCUUUGCUGAUUGUUUCGGUGUCUGCUUUGCACCGCCCCCGCAUCACCAGAGACCGUACUACGUUGACUACGAUGGACCACCCCGCGGCAUGCCAAACCAAGUCUUCAAAGCAUAAGCAUUUCCGAGAUUUGAAAAUCAGACCUUACGCGAGGAAUCGAAAUACUGAACUAGUAUCAGGUUGAUUUGUUUUUUUAAUCUGAAGGUCAACUUGCACGUGACCGUGCCGAGGCAUGAUGAUUGGCGUAUUAAUCAAUGAAAAGUAUAGAUGACCACGCCUUUUCUUAGAUUGACGAAUGGGAGGCCUUAGAUAGACUAAAAUUGGACUAAUGGCGUAGUCAGCAUUGUUGCUGUUGAUUUCGGCUUGUACCAUCCAGAUGCGAGAAUUUACGCCUAUUUUUAUUUUAUUUUAUUUUUUACCGUGCAUCACCUUUUCCCGUAAACAGUAGGUGUACGGCGAGUCGAAAACAGCCAUUCUAUUUCAUCAUCAUUAUUAUUAUUAUCAUUGUCAUUAUUAUUACUAUUACUAUUGCUAUUAUUAUCAUUAUUAUUAAUUAUUAUUACUUUUUUUUUGGGUGCGGGGGUACCAGCUGCAUAUCAUGCGGUUCAUAUAUUAUAUAGAAAUAAAUAAAAUUGCUGUUUUCUACUCGCUCUGCCGGCACGCUAGGGGAAAUGUGAUAUGGUUGCCAUUAUGAUAGAUGUAGCAAACGAAAAAAAAAUCUUGAAAUAAAAAUGAGUCACUUGAAAGGUUAUUUAUAAUGUCGCUGACUUUAUUAGAUAACACAUGAAUAGAAUUACAUAUCUGUCUAUGAUAUUGUGUCGAGAUUCAACAAUAGAGGUUUACCUUUCACUAUCCAAAAAUGUUUGUAUAUAUUGCGUAGUAAACAGAAAUUAAAUAUUUAUUAUUGAUGUAUUUUACUUACAGUAAUUAUAGUUUGAUCAUUUCUUUACCUUAUUUAUUUUUACCAAAUAUGGAAUGAUGUUCUUUUCAAAAGUUUUAAUGUUGAUUUUCGUAAUGUGUGAGCGUUUUUGGUCUAGUGGUUCUGGCUCCUGACAAGCAGAGAGUUGUGGGAUCGAAUCCCAGCCAUGGCAUUUUCUCCUUCAGCAGGUAAUUUACCCCAUUGUGCUGCACUCAACCCAGGUGAGGUUAAUGGAUACCGGGUAGGAUCUAUUCCUUGAAUUGAAACGACAGCUCGAGCUGAAGCCGGGGUACUAAUUACAAUGCACAUCGGAAUAGAUUAUUUCUAGAUAAAUGAGGCAGCGUAAAUCCAUAUUAUUAUCAUUAUGUUUGACUACGCAAUGAUGACGUUAGAUCAUUCCGAUUUCGAAGGAUCUCAUGCGAAAUAGUUUCACUUUAGAAACUUCCAGAAAAAAUAGAUGAGUUUUUUUUCUAUAAAAUAGCAGGAAAAACGUUAUACAUUCGACUUACUCUGAUAUCCUCACCUUUGGCUAAAUAUAUUCUAGAACAUAAAAAAUAGAAAUAAUGAAUUAAAUUAAUGUUUUGUAAAGCACCAACCAAUCAAAAUAAUUGUCUGUUGAUCAAAUAUUCAAGAUAUUUUUCAUUGGCCAAUCGCAAUCACUUUUAGUAAUUUUAAUCAGUGUGCUCUAAAGUACGCCAUGUAAUAUCACGAAUAAAUUAGAGUGUAUUUAACAUGA